AUGAAACAGCAAAAAAAAUUAGUGCUUCAUUUUGAUUUGAAUAAAACUAUACUUUUGGCUGAUUCUAAAUAUACUAAUCAAACUAAAGAAGAAUGUGUAUUAUAUCUUUUUUUAAGUUUAAGUUAUAAGAAAUCCUAGUUGGAUAUGCAUGGGGUAAAUUAGAAUAGAGAGAUGAAAAAUCACCAGUCUUGUGGAAAUUAUUAACAAAUAACUUCACUCCAAUUAGACCGAGUGAAGAUAUGAUCUCAUAUAAAGAAUAUAUAUGUUAAUAGUUUCCAUUAAAAAAUGAAGGAGAUCCAGAGGAUAUUAAAGAAUAUAAUACAAGUGCUAUGUAAGAAUGUUUAAAAUAUUGAAUUAGUGAAUAACGCAAGCAAUUAUUCUUUCAGUUUGUUAAAUUAGGAUAACCAUGUAUGAAAUUGAAACCUGAGUAUGAUAGGAUUGUCAAAUUAAUUGUAUGGUUUUGAUAAUAAUUAAAACAUUUUAGACAUUACCAAAAGCAGUAAUAGAAGAAUUAAAGUAAUAAGCUGAGGAAGCAGGAUUUUUGACUGAAGAAGAGGUUAAAUAAAGAAAUUUAACUUAAUUGUUAUCUGAUAAAGAUAUGCUAAAUAAUUUAUUUUCAGACCAUAAAUAUUAAUUAUUGCCAACAUUUUAUAAGACAAUAAUAAAUUUGAAAAAAUAGAAAAGAGAAUUUGCUAUAGUGUUUCGUCCAUUUGGAACAGAUCCUAAAAAUAUAUUGAGAGAGUUUAAUAAAUUUUGUUUAGGAGAGCAUCCAUGUUUUAGUGGAAGAAAUAAUACACCAAUAGUAAAAUUUGAUGGAUCGAAAGGAACUAAAAAUUAUAUCAUUUUGGAUAAAUAAUGUGCCCUAGUUUAUAGAAAAUAAAAAUAAUUGGUAACAGGAACAUUAAGAAGAACAGAUAAAUAACAAUUAGAAGAUGGAUAUGAAAAAGAAUUAGAAGAAGAAUAAGUUUAAAUAUACAAUGAGACAUAAAUGUUAUUGAAGAUAACUGAAUCAUUAAAAGAGAGUUGUGCUUUAUGUUAUGUUGAUGAUUUUUAAUUUUAUUAAGAAUAACCAAGUGAAGCAAAUGCCAAAUAAUUAUACGUUGAUUAAUAAGAUGCUGAUACACUUCAUAUAUUUUUUGAUGAUGGAAUUCAAGAGUAAUAUAAUAUUUAAUAAAAGAAAUGAAAACAAUUUAGUUUAAGUGACAGAUUGUGUAACAUUGGAAAAUUUAAGUAGAAAGAAGUGUUUGAACAAAUAUUUAAUACAUGUGGAUGUUUUAGAUGUAAUUAAGGAUCCUGAUUAUUUCAUCAAAUAAAUUGAAAUAUGUGAGAGAAACAGAAAUGAAGAAAUAGAAAGAAUAGAAAAAGGAAUCCCUGAAGAAUAAACUGAAAUACCAAAAAAGACUGAAUGGGAAUUGUUGGAGGAAUGUUCAGAUGCUGAUUAUUUGCGUAAAACAAUCCUACCAUUAUUAUUACCUGCUUUAUAAUUGGUUGAUAUAGAGAGACCAAAAGAUCCACUUGAAUUUAUAGCAAUGUAUUGUUUAAAGAAUAAGGAAAUGGUUAAAAUUCCAUAACCACCUGAAUAAUAAGAAUGA